GCCUUCUGCUGUUGUUGCAUCCUUGCGCUCUUGUGUUUGAUGACGUGAAGCACAGACGAUGAGGAAAGAUUUUGGCCUUCAAUAACGGCUCAAAAAGACAGCACUCACUCACAAUUAAGAUCGAAUAUUUAAAAUGAAGACAAUCGUGCAGUUUUGGUUUGUGCUGGGUGCACUCUCUGCUACAGGCACAGUGAUCAUCACAAAAUCAGGGGAGAAAGCCAUGAUCACGUGUGGGGAGGGCAGCUUCUCUAACAAGCUGCUGUGGUAUCAUCGUGGUAACUUCAUUGUUGAAAAUAAUGUGAGAGGCUUCCCUCGCAAAGGCACAGUUGACAUUACAAAAAGGUUCAAUUUGAAGAAGGAAACGGAUCUGGAGAUCUUGGGAGUGAAGGAAGAAGAUGCUGGACAGUUUACUUGUGUGGUAGAUGGGACAUCUCACGAACACACACUUCUUGUGGUCUCAGUCUGGGCCAGCCCCUCCGGUGAUCUCCUGCUGGGCAGUGAGGCUACACUCCAGUGUCAGGUAAAAGGUCUGGACCAAGGCUCCACAGUGCAGUGGAAGAGGCCAGAUGGAAGCGCAUAUGGAGAGUCACACACAGCUCAACUCAGACCUGUGGACCGCUCAUAUGCAGGGACCUGGAAAUGUAUGUUCUCCUUUGGCGGCAAGGAGUACAGUGAGAGCUUGCACAUCAGUGUUAAAGAGCCUGCUCCUACAACAUCUGAACCAGUCACUUCGAAAGGCUCAAAGGACAUCUGUAACCCAACCUGCCCCAAUUGUACCACUCCCAGUGCUGCUCAGCUGCUGGGGCUCAACUGGUUGUUGUGGGUUACUGUUGGAGUUGUGGUUCUUCUGGUCUGUGUCAUUGUCUUGUGCAAGAGGAUCAGAAGGAGGAAGAGUGUCAUGGACCAGGCAAGUAUGAGCUGUUUGCAUUCAUCAGUCACAUGGGGACGAGCACGAUGUGCGGCCACUACGUCUGUCACAUCAAGAAGGAUCAGCAGUAAGUGUUUACUUGUGUUUCCAGCUGACAGAACAGUCAUGUAACUUGUAUUCUUUCUGUUGUCUAACCAGUAGUUCAUUUGUUUAUUAAAAAUCAUUUUCUAAAUCAUAUUAUAAUAUACUCAAGUACUGGUAGUUGGUUUUACGGUGCCUCAGCAGGGGGCACCAUACUCCAGGUCUGGUUUUAACAAUCAUAGCUUCUGAUAUGAACACAAUGCAAAGUAUUACCCUGGCCACGAGCCGAGGGUUAAAUGGGUUACAUCCACUUAGGAAUAUAUUAUAGAUAUAUAUUUUGCAUAGUUUCCGUUUGUACUAGUGGAUAAUUCUUUAAACACAGGACUUCAAUAACCUUCGAGACUGCUAAAAUUACCGAAUUACUGAGUGAUCUCUCUCUGA